CACUCCGGGCCUUUCGUCAACCCAGGGCCGGACUGCUCAGAGAUCGAAACUCAUCCUUUCUUCCACUCUCCACAUGGAUGCAAUGCUGUCAGGCGCAGCGUGGUGUUUACAAAGCCUGACAACAUCACCAGUCGAACCUUCAUCGGUGUUGGUGCGCAUACCAGAUGACCUUCCAACAUCAGACUGCUGGCUUGUGGAAAUUGAUCAACAUGGAUGUAUCAUUCAGUGAUGGGUUAGGGCUUUAGUCCGAACUAUCGAUCUGUGCGAUUAUGAUCCCCACCUCUGAUUGUGCUCUACAGGGCGCCUUUGAUUAGUGGUCUUUCAUUCUGUCAACAUGGACAUUUCGACUGUAUGCGUGGCGAGCCGCAAGUCUUAGCCAGUUCAACUGCUGGUCUCGAAGCAAUAGCCCACAUUCUUCGCUCACGAUUGCUGCGUAACUACUUUCCUACCUGCGAUGGAAUUCUCCACACCUUCCAGCCAAGCGCGUUCGGACAGCAUAAGUGACUGUGUGCACAUGACGCAUGCUCACGAUGCAGGAGCAAAUGGGGUUACACACAAUACACGGAAUGCGUCCCGGUUGCCAUCUGAUGUGACUGUUGGCCUCGGAACAGCUACUGAUACUACUCCCGUUGCCAUCUGCGGCAUGGGUUUGCGGUUGCCAGGCUCGAUUCAUGACCCAACGUCGAUGUUCAAUUUCCUGAUGAAUGGGAAAGAUGCCCGCACGCCAACUGAUGACAAACGUUUCAACAUCAAUGGCUACUACAACAAAAGCUCUGGUAUCGGCACUAUGCCGAUGAAUCAUGGCUACUGGCUCGACGAUCUUGACCUGAGGCAGUUCGAUACCGCCAUGUUCAAUAUGACGGCUUCUGAAGCUGAAAGGCUCGACCCGCGGCAACGAUUGUUAUUGGAAGUUGCGCGUGAGGCCUUGGAAAGCGCAGGAGAGACAGGCUGGCGUGGCAAAAGCAUUGGAUGUUAUGUCGGUGCCUUUGGCGAAGAUUGGCAAGAGCUUCACAGCAAAGACCCGCUUGAUAGUGGUAUCUACCGCAUCACGGGCUAUCUGGACUUCGCCCUGAGUAACCGACUCUCGUAUGAGUUCGACUUGAGGGGCCCGAGCAUGACUAUCAAGACAGCAUGCUCGUCUACUGGAACGGCAUUACACCUAGCGUGCCAGGCGAUUGCACAGAACGAGUGCACUGCAGCAAUCGUUGCUGGCGUCAACUUGAUCUUGACACCAACACUCUCGCUGGCAAUGACAGACCAAGGCGGCUUGUCAGCAGAUGCGUCCUGCAAAACCUUCGACGCCUCGGCCAAUGGGUACGCGCGGGCAGAAGCGGCCAGUGCAAUCUACAUCAAGAAGUGGGAUGCAGCCAUGCGAGACGGCGAUCCUAUUCGGGCUGUCAUCCGAAACACAGCUAGCAAUUUUGAUGGCAAAACACAGGGUAUCACGAAUCCAAGUGCCGAAGCACAAGAAGCACUGAUCAGACAAGCAUAUGGGAGGGCUGGUCUUGACCCUGCAAGAACGGCGAUGGUGGAGUGCCAUGGCACAGGUACGGCCGUGGGAGAUCCGCUGGAGUUAGAAGCUGUUGCCAACGUCUUUGGCAGAAAAGGUGUCUUCAUCGGAUCUGUCAAGCCUAAUUUCGGUCACGGAGAAGCGGCCGCGACCCUCACCAGCAUCCUGAAAUCGGUUCUUGCACUAGAGAACAAGAUCAUGUUCCCUAAUAUCAAAUUCACGAAUCCAAACCCGAAGAUUCCCUUCAAUGAUGCCAAGCUCAUGGUUCCCGUUAAGCCCACCGCAUGGCCAGAUGAUCGCGCUGAAGUCAUCAGUGUCAAUAGCUUCGGAGUUGGCGGCACAAAUGUUCACAUCGUUCUACAAUCAGCAGCUAGCUUCGCACUGGAGAAGUCAGUGAAGCAUCUUCACACCUCAUUGGCCGCCGUAGACACCACGAUGCUUCUGGUCUUCUCAGCGGCAAGCAAAGAGUCGUUGAAAGCGGUGGCGGAUAAUUGCCAAGCCUAUCUGAGAGCCCAUCCCGAUCGAUUCGCUCACCUUGCCUAUACUUUGGCCCUCCGACGCGAACAUCUCCAGUUCCGUUCUUUCACCGUUGUAGAGUGCCGCAAUGCUGGAGAAGACGUGGCUGCCUCAGCAACUACCAUGCAGGCCCGCACCGAGAAUGCCGCUUGUCACCAGACGACCCAAAAUUGCAAAUUCGAUAAGAACGGCGUACGCCACGUGCCAGAUCUUACCAUAUCGCCACCCAUAAAAUGUCAAGCUGCAAGACAGACACUCUUUGUAUUCACAGGCCAAGGUGCGCAAUGGGCGAGAAUGGGACAAUCCCUAAUGGACAAGCAACCAAGAUUCUUGCAGUCUCUGAGAGACAUGGACCUCAUUUUGCAGAGUCUUGAUCAUUCACCCAAAUGGACCAUCGAAGGGGAAAUUGGAAAGGACGAAAACCUUUCUCGCUUGGAUGAACCCGAAAUUUGUCAACCAAUUUGCACGAGUUUGCAGAUCGCCCUUGUUCAAUUGUUGUUGCACUGGGGUGUACGACCUGCUGCCGUAAUCGGUCACUCCAGCGGCGAGAUUGCCGCUGCAUAUGCGGCAGGAUCUUUGACGAUGCGCGAAGCUAUGGUCACGGCCUACUACAGAGGCUACGUUGCCAGUCAACAGAAACGGAAUGGUGGAAUGGCUGUCGUUGGCAUGAGCCAAGAUCACGCCCGUCUAUUUUGCUCUCCGGGAGUUGAAAUCGCAUGCAAAAACAGCGGCAAGAACGUGACGUUGUCCGGAGACAUGGAACAAUUGGAUGUAGUUCUGGCGAGCAUCGCGAAGGCGGAGCCAGAUGUCUUCAUCCGACGGCUGCCGGUUCAGGAAGCGUAUCAUUCGUAUCAUAUGAAAGACAUCGGUGGUGCGUAUUGCGAAUACAUUACAGAACAUCUGACGCCCUGCGAGCCGACUGUGCCCUUCUUUUCCAGCGUGCACGGAGCACGCCUUGCAUCGGCUGUGAAGCUAGAUGCCACUUACUGGCGCAGCAACCUCGAGCAACCAGUGGAAUUUCAUGCAGCUACGAAGCAGAUGCUGUGCUCUUUCCCUCGCGAUACUACCGUAUUGGAGGUGGGCCCUCAUGCAGCCCUUGCUGGGCCCUUGAAACAGAUUGCGAACGAGCUAUCAUCGGCGAAUCAAUAUCUGGCAGUGCUCACCAGGCGCCAAGACGACAAUUACUGCUUUCUCAAGGCAAUGGGCCAACUUCACUGCAUCGGCCACCAGGUCAGCUUUCCCUAUCAUGGUCAGGUACUCACGGACCUGGAUCCAUAUCCCUGGAAACACGAAAGGUACUGGUACGAGACCAGGCUUAUGCGAGACUGGAGAAUGCGCAAACAUGCCCCACAUGAGCUGUUAGGAGUCAGAACACUGGAAAGCGGUGAUUUGCAACCCUGCUGGCGAAAUUUGUUGCGUUUGAAAGAUGUUGAGUGGCUGAAAGACCAUAGGAUCGGCGACGACAUCGUCUUCCCAGCAGCAGCAUAUAUAUGUAUGGCCGGCGAGGCAUCUUUGCAAAUGACCGGCACUGUUGAUUAUACUGUCAAAGAAGUGUCUUUCAACACAGCAAUGGUCCUUAGAACCAGUGAAUGCACAGAAAUAUUGACCACGUUGCGACCCCAGCGUGUUACCUCCUCAUUGGAUUCCGCCUGGUUCGAGUUCACCAUCAUUUCGUUCAGUGGAUCGGUGUGGAACAAGCACUGCACAGGACUGAUCAAAGGAGGGCAAGAAUCGAGGGGACCGUCGUUCCAAGCUGAGACGUACCCUAGACAGGUCUCUACUUCCGCAUGGUAUCGAAGUAUGGCCCGUGCGGGACUGAAAUAUGGUCCGAGGUUCGUGGGUAUGGAGGGCAUCACAGCUGGAAUUCAGGAAGCCAAGGCCUCUGCAGUAAUCUCUGACAAACAGAACCCCAACGAGCCUCACUACCCACUACACCCGACUACACUCGACAUUGCAUUUCAGACAAUCAGGGUGGCUGUACACUUGGGUGAACCUCGUCUGUUCCGGAGAGUUUACUUGCCUACGUACAUCGAGGAGUUGUACGUCGGGGAUGCUCGUCAUCAGACCAUACGUGUGAACACACGAGCAGUGAGUGGCAAAUAUGGGGCAACGCGAGGCUAUUCCCAGGGCAUCGUGAACGACGCUAGAGCCUUCCACUUCGAAGGAAUUCGUUUCACCUUACUGGAAACAGACGAAGCACUACAAAUGCAUAAAGCUGCUUAUCUACAGUGGAAGCCGGAUUGGGACUUGCUCGAGAUCAACAGUCUGCUGAAGCCUAUCAACAGCUGCGAAUCCGAUCACUGCCUUAUGGAAAGGAUGUUCCUGCUCUGUGCGAUAGAGGGUCAAAAAGCACUCACCGAUGUGGGACCCGUGUAUGAAUAUCUGAGCCGGUAUCGAGAUUGGCUCGGUGCGCAUCUUCAAAGGGCAAUGUCACCAGACUAUCCUCUUGUACCAGACUCGCAAGAGCUCUUCUGCUUGUCUUCUUCCCAACGUCGGACACUUAUCAAUCAAAUGCACGAGCAGAGCAAACAGAUGCGAAAUGCGCCUGUGUGCGCUUUGCUUUUCCGCUGCUAUGAGAAUUGUCGGGAUAUAUUCGAGGGCAAAGCUGAGACGCUCGACGUUCUGAUCAAAGAUGGACUCCUUCACCAACUGUACGAUUACAUGAAUUCUAUGUGGGAAUACAGCGACUUCUUCAAGCUGUUGGGUAACACUAGACCCCAGAUAGAAAUUCUCGAAGUAGGGGCCGGAACUGGCGGGCUUACAGCUAAGGUCCUAGAAGGCUUGAGGUCUGACUUUGGAGAGCGGAUGUACCUCAAUUACACAUUCACUGACAUCUCCGCUGGUUUCUUCGUGCAAGCACAAGAAAGGUUCAAGGGCUGGCAAAACAUUGAGUACAAAGUGCUCGAUAUUAGCAAAGAUCCGCUUGCCCAAGGAUUUAAAGCCGGCCAAUACGACCUUAUCAUCGCCUCGAAUGUCAUACAUGCUACUCCCGUGCUUCAGAAGACAUUGGCAAACAUUCUGUCGCUCCUUCGUCCAGAAGGUCAGCUUUUAAUGCAAGAAAUCUGCACGGAGACCAAAUGGGCCAACUAUAUCAUGGGUCUGUUUCCAGGCUGGUGGUUGAGCGAGCAAUCUGAACGAACUGGACAGCCAUAUAUCUCACCCGAGCUGUGGGAUACAGAGUUGCGGGCUGCGGGCUUUGCUGGUGUGGAAGCAAGUGCAUUGGACGGCGCUCCACCCUAUCAUAUCAACGCAACUAUCCUCGCGCGGCCAUGUUACGACACGAGGCACAGUGACCGGGUCACUCUGCUAUCUGGUUAUGAAAUCCAUCAUCUCGCCUACAGAGUUGAAGAGAUGCUACAUGAUCAGGACAUCGUAGCUCAGCACUGCCUUUUCGGUGAGCCACUUCCGCCAGGGCAAGCUCUGAUCUCGUUUCUCGAUGUAGAUUGCCCGUUCUUCAAGGAUUUCGACUCGGUGAAGAUGACUCAGUUCUUGGAUAUGGUUCGAACACUGCAGCAUACCAUCGUGGUAUGGCUGACGCGGGCGAUUCACAUCAACCCUAUAGACCCGGACUUCGCCCUAGUGACUGGUCUUGCUAGGACCAUUCGAUCAGAGUUAGGAAUGUACUUUGCGACUCUUGAGCUUGAGAGCACUACGGACCUUUCCGCCUCGGCUAUCUGUCACGUUUUCCACAAACUCAGGCAAACUACUGCAGAUAAUCAUUCAGAUGUUGACCCGGACAUGGAAUUUGCUUGGGCUAAUGGUGUCAUAAAUAUUAGCCGCUUCCAUUGGGCUUCGAUGGCAGUGACUCCGGAUGAGAUGUUGGACGGGACCUCUGCGAGAGCACUUGUGAUCGGCCAGCGAGGAUCGUUGCAGACAUUGAAGUGGACGCAACGACGCCUGACAGAGCUGAUGCCUGAGGAAGUACAAAUCAAGAUGUAUGCCGUGGGCAUGAACUUCAAGGACAUCGUGAUCGCCAUGGGUAUCAUCGACGGCGGAGAUGCUGCAGGCAACAUCCUUGGCUGCGAAGGCUCCGGCAUCAUCACCAAGACUGGAUCUGCAGUCGAGCAUGUCCAGCCAGGAGAUCGUGUGAUGGUGCUGGGUGGUCAUGUUGGUACAUUCACGACAGAGCUACAGACUUUGGGCCGUUUGUGCUGCAAAAUCCCAGAUCAGCUAGCCUGGGACGAGGCCGCCACCAUGCCCUGCGUCUACAUAACGGUGCUUCGGGCACUCAUCGACAAGGGCAAUCUCCGGGAAGGACAAUCUGUGCUGAUCCACAGCGCAGCUGGCGGCGUAGGCCUCGCUGCCAUAAACAUUGCAAGAUGGGUUGGCGCGCGCAUCCUCGUGACCGUGGGCACCAAAGAGAAAGCGGAUCAUCUUGCCCAAGCAUACGGCAUUCCACGACACCACAUCUUCUCCUCACGCGACAUAAGCUUCGUCGAUGGCGUAAGCAGAGCGACUGACGGCCGUGGUGUGGAUGUCGUGCUCAAUUCUUUAUCGGGCGAACUUCUCCAUGCAUCCUGGAAGUGCGUAGCCAGGGGCGGAUGCAUGCUCGAACUCGGAAAACGUGAUUUAAUUGGCCGGGGCCAGUUGGCUAUGGACGCCUUCGAGGAGAAUCGCUCAUUCAUUGGCAUCGACGUAGGCGCCUUGGCAAUCGAUGAUGUAUCAACCACUUCUCGGCUGUUGAAACAAGUGGUAGACCUUUACACUCAAGGCAAGAUUCAUCCGAUCUCACCCAGUACCCGGUUCGGUGCGGAGAACGUCGCUGAAGCCUUUAGCCAUAUGCAGAAAGGUCUGCAUAUUGGGAAGAUUGUGGUUACCUUUCCUGCCGCCGACAUCCUUCCUCUUUCACCUUGUCUCCCGGAAGUCUGGCUGAGGCCAGAUGCCAACUACCUUCUUGUAGGUGGCCUGGGAGGCUUGGGUAUGACCGUUGCCAAGUGGAUGGUAAUGCAUGGCGCCAGGAAUUUGGCAUUCUUGUCACGGUCCGCCAAUCACGGGAAGCAUCGGGCUUUCUUCCAGGAGCUUGCAGAAAUGUCUUGUCAAGCUCAGGCUAUCACUUGCGAUGUGUGCGAGCUAAGUUCGGUUCGGGAUGCUGUCUCUAAGCUCGACAAGCCUAUCGCCGGCGUCUUGCACAUGGGUAUGGUUUUGAGCGACAUCAGUAUUCUGGACCUGGAUGUUGAGAUCUGGAGAGCUGCCAUAGGGCCCAAGGUCCAGGGAACGUGGAACCUGCACACAGCGUUGCCGCGAGACAUGGACCAUUUUGUUAUGUUCAGCUCGGCUUCCGGCAUCUGUGGUUACUGGGGCCAGGCUAACUAUGCCGCCGGGAACACCUUUCAGGAUAGCUUCGCUCAAUACCGCACAUCACAAGGUUCGCCAGCGGCAGUGAUUGAUAUCGGAGCCGUCGAGGACGUUGGCUUCAUCAGUCAAAACCCAACGAUUCUGGAACAGAUGAGGUCUACAAGCACCAGUAUGCUUUCGGAACAAGCUUUCUUGGACGGUCUUCAACUCGCCAUGUCCCGUUCCAACAAGAGGCCAGCGCCACAGCUCAAGACUGUCACUGAGGGACACAUGUACCCAGGACAAGUCAGCAUCGGUCUCGAGUGCUCGCUACCCAUUGCGGAUCCAAACAACACUGUGAUCUGGAAGCGUGAUCCCCGUUUCGCCAUCUACCGGAAUAUCGAGCAAGCUGACUCGGUGACCACUCACACCAGCCGUGGUCCUUUACAGAAGUUGAUCAGUACUUUGAGAGCGAAUCAGAGCAAAUUAGACGAUUCUCAUAUUGCGCGGAUCCUUACAGAAGCGAUCGCUCGAUCUGUCUUCGGCUUUCUGAUGAAAGCUGAUACAGAGGAGAUCGAUCACACGCUUACUCUUGAAAGUAUAGGCGUUGAUUCUUUAGUAGCAAUUGAAAUCCGCAACUGGGUUAAACAUAAUCUGAGCGUGGACGUGAGCGUAUUGGAACUCAUGGCUGGUGGAAGUCUCGAACAAUUGGGCAGCUUGGUCGCUCGACGACUCAGGGAAAAGUACACAUCGAGCUCAACGAGUUCAUCGGAAACGAAGGUCAAUCGGGAGAAUUAGCUGAUCUAUGGUGGCAAUGGACUAGAGGCAUGUACUAUGCUGAUCGUCCACCGCUGAAGAAGCAAAAGGAGAGAAUUCGAACGUGAGAAACAUUCCAUCAAAUCGUCUCGGCCGAUGCAUCCAAAGCCUCAUGAUAAUUUAAUACUGGAGAAGUUUGAAAUUUGGGUCCGUGACUGAUGAACAUAGUGACGGCGGGUCGACAGCACAUGACUCUGCUUCAUCUUUCGAAUGAUAAUCAUAAUCUCGAGGGGCAACUUUCUCACUAAAUCCAUAAC